AUGCCACCAAAGCGCCGCGGACCGCCGUCCAAGGCGCCUGUCAAACGGCCAUCGAAGCUCGCCAAAGAAAACGGCCUGACUGCAGAGCAAGAAGCUGAAAUACGCGAGGCAUUUGGCUUGUUUGCCGUUUCGCAUCCUGACCACGAAGACUCAAAAGAAGGCGUACUAAAGAGAGGCGAUGUGCGAAGGUGCCUUAUUUCUCUCAACCUCGCACCGGACAAAUCGGAAGUGCCAUCCAUUCUCUCUACAAUCGAUCCCCUCAACACCGGCUUCGUUAGUUUCGUACCUUUCCUGUCAUACGCCGCAAUCGCAAUACAUUCCAAGGACCAAGGGUCUGACGAGGACGACGACGAUGAGGAGGAUGAAUACCGAGAGGAGAGUAAUGCAGAAGAGGUCAAAGCAGCAUAUCGACUGUUUACGCACGGUACUGCAGGACCUAUUACACUGGCGCACCUUAGAAGGGUUUCCAAGGAGUUGAGAGAAGACGUGCCAGAUGACGUCUUGAAGGAUAUGAUUCUUGAGGCGAAUGGCGGGGUUAGGGGUCAGGGUAAGGACGCUGGUGGUGUCAGUCUUGAGGAUUUUGAAAGUGUGAUGAAGAGAGCUGGGCUAUCCUUUGGAUGA